GGUUCGAAGCUUUUCUCCUUGACAAAAAAUGAAGAUUUCUCUCUUCCUUCUCUCUGUACUCAUUCUCUUACCCGUUUCGCUUCAGGAUCCGAGUCCUGAAGUCAAGAAACCGACUCGUGCUCACGCAGAGCUCACGAACCAUGGGUUCCCAAUUGGGCUUCUCCCUUUAUCUGUCAAAGAUUACUUCCUCAACCAAACCUCCGGCGACUUCUCUCUUUUCCUCCAUGGAACAUGCAAAAUCACGCUUCCUCCUGAUAACUACAUCGCUACUUAUUCGAACAAAGUAACGGGUCGGAUCUCUCAGGGUAAGAUCGCGGAGCUCCAAGGGAUUCGGGUUCGGGCGUUUUUCAAGUCGUGGUCUAUCACUGGGAUUCGAUCUUCUGGAGAUAAUCUUGUCUUUGAGGUUGCUGGGAUAACUGCUAAAUACCCUUCGAAGAAUUUCGAUGAGAGUCUUGAUUGUGAAGGGAAACGAUCUUCUUCUUGAUUUCAAUUGGGAAAAAAAGGAAGAUUGCGAAGGCAGGAGCAAUAAGUGAAAAAUGGUUUGUAAUAUAUUUAUCUCCAUCCGAUAAAACAAAGCUUGUAAUGUAAAAUCGCAAUUGAACCACGACUGUAUUCUCUGCAAACUAAGGGUUUCAUGGAGGCUUGUAAGUUGUCAAUCAAAUAUGGGUUGAAAU